AUGAUAUAUGGGGGUCAGGAUGCCAAACCCGGUGAUAACCCGCACAUGUGUUCCCUACGAGAAAAUGGUCGACACGCGUGCGGCGCCUCUAUUAUCGGCAAUCAAUGGGUGGUAACCGCCGCCCACUGUGUACUCAAAUACGGCACACAUAUUGUCGAAAAUAGCACAUUCAUAUUGCACUGUGCAAUCGCUGGUCAAGACACUGAUGUAGCACCGGGAUCUAUUGUUAAGACAAUAGGUUGGGGUCUAACCAGUCCCACAACAUUCCCCGAGAUAUUACAGACACUGGAUGUGCCGGUUAUUAAGCGAGGUGAUUGCCAGUCUAUCUAUAAAAUUAAUCCUGAUAAUUUUACCGUCGAUGAGACCAGUAUAUGCGCCGGUGGUGGGGGACGGGAGCCCUGCUCUAUGGAUUCCGGGUCACCCCUAACAUUCAACAAUACACUAGUAGGCCUAACCUCAUGGGGUAAGCCUUGUGGUCAUCCAGGCUUUCCCACUGUGUUUACACGUGUGGCUAAAUUCAGGGAUUGGAUUCGUGAACACACAGGCAUUUAGUUGAAAAUUGGUAAAUGGUCAAUUUUCACAAAUAAAAUUAUUAUUAUAAAUUAAUGAAACUAUUUAUUAUAAAAUUAAUGUUAACAUUAAUAUGGC